CCCUGCGUGGUUAGUGGUUAGCAUCUCCUGUGUCACACUUCAACAUUCUUCUCCAAAAUGGGUCACGGCAAGCCGAAGCGAAUCAGAAACCACCACUCCCAUCGGGGACAGGCCAGUAGUAGCCGGGAUCAUUCACGUGAGUAUUAUCAUGAUGGAUGUAUCCCAGAAGAUCAAGAUGCAGCAAAUGAAGAAGAGUCUCCAGUUCCAAAAGUUCAGCUUGCAAUGUGGGAUUUUGGACAAUGUGAUGCAAAAAAAUGCACAGGGCGCAAGCUUUCAAGAUUUGGAUUGCUGAAAGAGUUGCGUGUGAGUAAUGGCUUUGGGGGCAUUGUUUUGAGCCCUGUUGGGAAUCAGUGUGUCUCGAGGGAAGACCAGAACUUAAUGAAGAGAAAAGGGUUGGCUGUGGUGGAUUGCUCAUGGGCACGCUUGAGUGAUGUACCCUUUGUGAAGCUUCGCUGUGCUGCUCCCCGUCUCUUACCAUGGUUGGUGGCAGCAAAUCCAGUAAAUUAUGGUCGGCCAUGUCAACUGUCUUGUGUGGAAGCAUUAUCAGCAGCUUUAAUAAUAUGUGGAGAAGAGGAAACAGCUAAUCUGCUGCUGGGCAAAUUUAAGUGGGGUCAUGCAUUCUUGUCUCUAAACAGGCAACUGCUGAAGGCAUAUUCAGAAUGUGCAAACAGUACUGAUGUUAUUUCUGUUCAAAAUGCUUGGCUUUCUCAGAGCCCUAGAGUUCCACAACCUCGUGCAGAAGCAGAUGGUUCUGGUGCUGUAGAGGACUCAGGGCAUCUCAGUGGAGAUGCUGAGUCUGAUUAUGAUUCUGAAGAUGGACUUCCACCACUUGAAGAGAAUUUGAAUCACUUGCACUUGGAGCAAAGUGAGGAUGAAAGUGAGUGAAUGGGAUCGACUUGCGCUUCUUCCACUUGCUCAGUUAGAAAAACAAUCAUCAAAGGCAACUUGCUGCUGGUAUCUGGUACGACUUAAGUUUGAUUCAGACAUGAAGCGGCCUAUAAUGCAGAUUGUUGGCCUUGAGGAUGAUGUGCAUCCUCCAAGGUUUCUGUUGUAAAUGUGUAAUGGACAGUCCUUGUUUGUUGCUC